GAAUAAAAAAAUGAGUCUCUCUGACUUAUAAAAUCUUAUUUUGUUUUUCUGGUUCUUCAUUUCAAUGGCCAAGUGCAGGAGUUCUACUUCUCCCUAUGCAUUGUUUGUGUUCUUCUUCUGCUUUCUACAAGUCCAGGCGAUUCUGGACCCUGCCGAUUUCCUCGCUCUGCAAAACAUUCGUAAGGCUCUGGAAGACAUGCCAGGUUCCGAUUUCUUUUCCACUUGGGAUUUCACCGCAGACCCAUGCAACUUCGCCGGCGUUUACUGCGACUCCGACAAGAUCAUUGCGCUCAACCUCGGCGACCCCCGGGCGGGCUCUCCCGGCCUCACCGGCCGCCUCGACCCCGCCGUCGGCAAGCUCUCCGCGCUCGCCGAGUUCACCGUCGUCCCUGGCCGAAUAUACGGUCCUCUCCCCGAAACGCUCUCCGAUUUGAAGAACCUCAGGUUCCUCGGCGUCAACCGCAACUUCAUCUCCGGCCAAAUUCCGACCAAAUUAGGUGAUCUCCGCAACCUCCGAACUAUCGAUCUCAGCUACAACCAGCUCAGCGGACGCAUUCCUCCAACGGUAGGAACCUUGCCGGAGCUAACAAACCUAAUCCUCUGCCAUAACCGUCUCUCCGGUUCGGUCCCCCGGUUCGAGUCGCACACACUAACCCGGCUCGAUCUGAAGCACAACGGUCUCUCCGGUUCGCUUCCUCCUGAUUGCCUCCCUCCUUCCCUCCAGUACCUCUCUCUUUCCUGGAACCAGCUCACCGGCCCAAUGGACCGCCACCUGGCCCGUCUCGACCAGCUCAACUAUUUGGACCUAAGCCUGAACCAAUUCACGGGCCCAAUCCCGGGCCGAAUAUUUUCUUUCCCACUGACAAAUCUUCAGUUAGAGAGGAACCAGUUCUCGGGCAUGGUUCAGCCCGUGGACCAGGUUUCGAUCCCGACCGUUGAUCUGAGUUACAACCGGCUGUACGGUCAGAUAUCGCCGAUGCUGGCGACAGUGCAGAAUCUUUACCUGAACAACAACCGGUUCACGGGUCGGGUACCGGCUAGCUUCGUGGAGCGGUUGCUGGACGCGAGCAUUCAGAUACUUUACUUGCAGCAUAACUAUCUGACGGGGAUUGAGAUAAGCCCUACGGCGGUGAUUCCCGAGAGAAGCUCGCUGUGUCUGCAGUAUAACUGCAUGGUCCCGCCCGUAGAGACUCCCUGCCCACUUAGGGCUGGUAAGGAGAAAACCAGGCCCACUGCGCAGUGCAAUCAGUUGAAGGAUUUGAAGGACUAAUUCUCAUCCGGCCCGGCCCAGCCCAGCCCAUUAAGUCAACGUCAUAUACCUUUCCUUCUCUUUCUUGCCCUUUUGAUUCAUUAUUAUUUAAUUUUGUGAUAACUAUGGGGGGAUGAAUAAGAUGAUUGUGAAUAUUUUUGGAUUAGAUUUAGAUAGAUACCCUAGCUAUUUUGAUCCAAGAGCUUCUCUCAAGUCUGAUGCUCUCGCUCUACAUAUUAUGAUUAUGGUUAUUAUUUAUAUUACUAAUGUAAUAUGAUUAGUCCAUUAGGAAAUCAAAACAAAAAGUUAUUGGUCGUUAUUAUCAUGCUAUAUUGCUAUCUGUUCAAACUAUUGUCA